CCCUCUCUCUGCUCCUCAAACUUUGGAGACUUUUUGCGCCUCAGCUGAGACGCGUUUGGGAUUUAGCAGGUUUGGAGUCUUUGUGAACUUCUUCAUUAAGAAAAAGAAAACUCCGUUUUUCCUGAGAGUUUGCAGAGAGUCAGAAUGAUCCUGCGGGGGGAUCAGCCGCCGCUGCACUGAGAACAUGGGGUUUUUGCCUCGUCGGGGAGGUGGAAGGUGGAGGCUCCGGCACGUCGUCCUGUUUGUUUUGCUGUGGAUGUUUCUGCACCGGACCGCUCCAGUUCUGGGCUGCGGCUCCAUAAACUGUAACGUGGUGCUGACUGAGGCCCAGGGCGAGUUCAUGUCACCCUGCUACCCCCAGAAAUACCCCAACUCUCACACCUGUAAGUGGACCAUGCAAGCGCCGACCGGCUUCAUCAUCCAACUCUCCUUCUUGGAUUUUGAAUUGGAAGAGGCACAGGACUGCAUGUAUGACCGGGUCGUGGUGAACACCGGUAGCACUGAAUCAAAGUUUUGUGGUCUGACGGCCAGUGGUUUGACACUAAACUCGACAAGGAACGUGAUGGAGGUUUCUUUCAUCUCUGACUUCAGCAUACAGAAGAAGGGCUUCAUGGUUAGCUUCCAACACGUUGCCGUGGCUUUGAGGAACCAAAAGGUGAAAAUCCCAAACGGAAAUGGACAAAUCGCAGAGGUCAUCAACUCCGUUUCCAUACCGGCGCUCAACGAAUUGACCAUAUGCUUUGAGGUGGAAAGAACAGGCUCCAGUCAGAGAGAAUGGUUCUUCACCUACUACGACAUCAACAACAACGUGGUGUUAAGCUUUGGCUACAAUCAGACGGGCAUGGAAAUGGUUAUUGACGGAGUGGUCUGCCCAGUAGAGUCAAUCAUCUCUGUUGCUGAGUUCACCUCUUCCAUGAAGUCCUUCUGUGUCCUCUGGAUGUCCUCAAACAGUCGUGUGGCUGCUUACUUCAAUAGGCGCUACUAUGGGAAGACCUGUUCGCCAUCUAGUGGCCACUCUGUUCCAGCUGGAGGAGUCUUCAAAUUAGGAGGGCUGCAGAGUUUCAAAGGGAACAUGUACAACCUACGCUUGUGGAAUCGUGCCAUGACGGUACAGGAGCUCAACAGCUUGACCUGUGACAUGGUGGGAAACAUCAUCGACUGGGACAACAGCCAGUGGACCAUCUCAUCCUCUCUUGCUCAGACUGACAACACACUCAGCUGCAUCUGCUACCCUCAUUGCAUUCAUUUAACUGCUGCUGCGCCCACUAGUGGUUCCAACCCGGCUACAGGCUGCGACUCGGGCGAACUGGGCUGCUCAGCUGCUUCCUCUCCCACCACCUCAUCCACUGACUCCACUAACACCAGCCAUGCUACUAACGCCAUCUCCCACGCCUUCCCUCCUCCCAUCUUUUUUACCUCCACCUCCACCCCUAGCAUGCCUCUAACCCCUGCCAUCAGCACCAACUUUAGCACCAGCAGCACUUCCAGCUCCUCCUCGUCCUCUGCUUCUGCCUCCAUCAACACCACCACUACUUCGCCUUCAUCCACCACUGCUCCCAUUGCUUCAACCAGCAGCACACAUGCUGAACAGACAACCAGCAUCACGGCUGCCGUUUCAUCUGCUAGCACUAACCAUGCAGAUACUAACAGCACAGCGCUUGUUUCUUCCUUCGUUUCUUCACCUGAACCUCUUCCAGGGACGACUCUCCAGCUGCCGUUUCUAACCACCAGCCAUCCGUCGACUAACAAAGCCGAUGUUUCUUCUCUGGACGGUUUGUUCUACCGGGUUUCCUUCACGGUGGAGUCUGAGCUCAACCUGCAGGCGGUGCAGCGAGCCGCCGCGCUCUGGAUGAAUCAAACUUUUCAGAACUGGACACAUUCUUUGGAUAAUAUCAGAGUUCAGCAGGACGCAGCCUUGAACAGUUACACCUGCCAGGUGCUGCUGAUGAUCACCAAUGAGAGUCUGGGUGAAGCCGACGUGUUGGACCAGCUGAUCAACAACCCGGCCGGUACCAGCCUGCUGGGCCGGGCUGCCGACAUCAACGUUCGCCAGAUCGAGAACUGCCCAGAGGACAACCACCUUCAGUACCUGUGGUCUGAGACCAAACCCAGAGUCUCUCACUUCCUGCCUUGCUUCCCCAACAAGGACCAGAGCGCCUCCAGAACCUGUUUGAUUCACCCAGAAACCUUCCAGUCUCACUGGUCGACUGCAAACCUCACCAACUGCUCAGUUACUGCAGAAAAUGCGGCUGGCGUAGCGGAGCAGCUGGCAAACUUCACCAAGAACACUCUGUCCUAUGAGGAGGUCUCUCAGGUUGUGACGAAGGUCCAGGAACUGGUCAGCGUUGCCAAGAUUGACACGGCGGUGGCCGAAUCGGUCGUGAAUAUCAUCUCUAACGUCAUGGUCAGCUCAGAGAAAGCGUCCAACAUAGCUCUGAAAGCUGUGGAUGAACUGGCUAACAAGGUGGAGUUUGAUGGACCAUCGGUUAACAUCAACUCUAAAAACCUGGCUCUGGGUGUCCUGGCGCUCAACUUCAAAUCCUUCAACGAGACGUCAUUCAGCGCCUUCUUCCCUCCAAACUCCAUCGACCCCAUGAUCGAGUUCAACCGGACGGCCAACCCGUUGGCUCAGGUCACGCUUCCCGCCUCCCUGCUGUCCGGAAUCUCUGAGGGCGUUUUCAGCCGGUCGUCUCUGUCCAGGAUCAACUUCAUGUUCUUCAGCAGCCCCAGCCUCUUCAUGAAAGAGCAGAAAGGUUUGUCUCUGAACAGCUAUGUGGUGGCCAGCAGCGUCGGGAACCUUUCCAUCACGGACCUGCAGGAUCCGGUGAAGAUCGAGAUCGCCCAUCUGUCUGAUCAGGCGUCGUCGCGUAGAGAGUGUGUUUUCUGGGACUUCAGCAUGAACAGGGGCAACGGAGGCUGGAAUAACCACGGCUGCAGCUUUUCUAAAGAGUCGACCUCCAGCAGAACCGUCUGCCUCUGCAACCACCUGACCCACUUCGGCAUCCUGAUGGACAUUUCCCAGGCUUCCUUCAUAAUAGAUCCAGAGAACAAGAAGGUCCUGACGUUCCUUUCCUACAUCGGCUGCGGCAUCUCGGCCAUCUGCUCGGCUGCCACGUUGCUCACCUACAUCGCCUUCGAGAAACUGCGACGGGAUUAUCCUUCUAAGAUCCUGAUGAACCUGAGCACGUCGCUGUUGUUCCUCAACAUCGUGUUCCUGUUGGACGGCUGGCUCGCCAGCAUGGUCGACAGCGAGGGGCUGUGCAUAUCCGCAGCCGUCCUGUUGCACUACUUCCUGCUGACGUCCUUCACCUGGAUGGGCCUGGAGUCGGUGCACAUGUACAUCGCUCUGGUCAAAGUCUUCAACACCUACAUACGCAGAUACAUCCUCAAGUUCUGCAUCGUGGGAUGGGGUUUACCUGCAGUGCUGGUGGGAAUCGUUGUCACGGUGAAUAAAAACUAUUACGGCGUCUUGAAGGACCACACCGAUGAAUCAGCAAUGAUGUGUUGGAUCAAGGAGCAGAGUGUUUUCUACACAACCUGCGUUGGUUAUUUCUGCCUGAUGUUCCUGCUCAACGUGGCCAUGUUCAUCGUGGUGAUGAUGCAGAUCUGCGGCCGCAACGGCAAACGCAGCAACCGCACCCUGCGAGAAGAGAUUCUUCGGAACCUCCGGAGCGUUGUGAGCCUCACCUUCCUGCUCGGGAUGACGUGGGGCUUCGCUCUGUUCGCCUGGGGACCCGUCUACCUGACCUUCACCUACCUGUUCACCAUCUUCAACUCUCUGCAAGGUCUCUUCAUAUUUAUCUUCCACUGCGCUCUGAAGGAAAACGUGCAGAAGCAGUGGAGGAGAUACCUCUGCUGUGGCCCCUACAGGCUCUCAGAAAACUCAGACUGGAGUAAGACGGCCACCAACAACACGAAGAAGGUGAGCUCAGACAACCUGGCCAAGUCGGUGUCCUCCAGCUCCUUCGGCUCCAGCACCAUCAACUGGACCUCCAAGGCUAAAGCCACGCUGACACCGUUCUCCAAGCGAAACAGGAACACAGACAAAUGUUUCGCCAACCAGACCAGCCCCAAGUGCGUCUCCUCAUCCUCUUCCUCCUCAGAUGUGGAGCCCAACUCCUCUUCCUCCUCCUCCUCCAUCCUCCCUGUCAGUCAGAUGAUUGACAAGGUGAGAGAUUACUGCUCCACGCGCACCGACAACUUUUACAAAAACAUCAUCAUGUCCGACAGUUUCGCCAACUGCACCCGGCUCUAGAGCUGCAUCUCCAGGUUCUGGAAGACUUUUUCUUUUUGUAAAUAUUCACGAAACCCUUUCAGCCUCAUUCUGGAACAUCUUCAGGUGAUUAAGGUGUCUCUGUUGUUGCCACCCAGAGGAGAUUUUCAAUUUAAAGGAGCUUGGGGAAUCUUUGCAGAUCUGACCGGAAACGUCUUCUGGAACGUUUCGUUUUCCACCCGGGAAAAUGGAUCAGUCUUUCCGCCGUCCUAUAACCCACCUACAGUCUUAAGGAACGUGUUUUAUUUUAUUGUUUUCUUGUGUUAUAUUUGUUAGUUUGGUAUUGUAUAAGUAGUAGGAGUUUUACAAUGUGGAAAUCCUUUAGGUCGAGAAAUUUGUCCAAGCUCAACUCAUUAAAACAAAAUCAGUGACAUUAAAAUCUAGUCCUGUCCUCAAGAUUUCUAUAAAUUAUAACAUAAUCAAUAAUUCCCUAAACCAGCUUUACUGCAACCCAGAAGAUUUUCUGAUGACCAAGGAACAAAGUGUCUGAUGGCAGAGAAACAAAAUAAAUGAUUAGAAAACAUAACUCCGCACACAACUGCAAACCCUAAGAAGCAAAACAAUAGUUUGGUGGGAGUCCACAGUUGGUUUCUGCAUUCAGGGUCUUUCCUGGUGGUUAUUGGUGGUGGACUUUAAUUAUAAUAUAUAUUUACAUAAAUCUAACUGAGAUGAGACUGAGAACAUGAAUUAGAAAUAAAUAUCUAGACCUCAAUUAGAAAUGUCCAUUUAGACUUUCUUCACUUACAAAAUCAGCCGAAUGAAAGACUAUAAAUCAUGUGUCAAAAAAACAAUGUUAUAGCAGCUCAACUGAUUUAAACCACAUUCUGAACAUGUAAGAGCUAUUUUGUUAUGGUGUCGCUUGUAAAGUCACACUGUCAAAAAUGAACAGCAACAAUUUGGUUUAUAAAGCUGAAUUGGAGAAAAAAAUUAUUUCAGUCGCAUGUUCACCGUUUAAAACUAAACAUUUAAUUAGAACGCUAAAUAUUUAAUCAACCAACUAAAUAUUUAGCUCCAAACUAAAUGUUCAGCAAGCUAAGUAGUUAGCUUUUAAAUAAAUAUAUAUCUUGCAGAUUAAGUAUUUAGCUUCAAACUAAGCAUUUAGUUAUCAAGGUAAAUGCUUAGUGAGUGAUGUGUAGAAGUGGACUACAGAAAUAAAAGCUGGAUUUUACAAGCCUUCAUGUCACUUCUUUAUUAUAUAUUUUCUUCCUUUUCUUAUACAACAUUUCACCUUAAAACAAAUAAUAAGCCACAUUAUUCUCAAAGCAGAUGUUCACUGAUUGUUCUAGAGGUUCACAAGACAGCUUUUAUUUUGAUAUUCCAUAUAUCAGCUGAAUAUUUAGCUAUACGCUGCUAGAUAGCAUGUAAACGACUAAUAGAGAGCUGGCUAAAUGUUAAGCUACAUGUGAGCUAAAUAUUUAGUGUGCCGUUGGUAAGCUGAAUAUCUAGCUCGGUAUCUUUGAUUUGAAACUGUGACAUUUUAUUAAUGAAUGCAUAACAUGAUGAAAUUAUUUAUUGACUAAAUAACCCAAAAUAUUGCUGGUCAUUUUUGACUGCAUGUGUUUUACUACUUCAGCUAUAAUACAAAAACCUUUUCUGUAUUUCCUGAGAGGUUGAAAGCUAAGUAGUGGUUAAUAUGGUGACAUAUUUACAUAUUGUAUAAAUUAUUUUCUGGCAGUAAGUAUGUUUUUAAGUGUUGUGGAAACAUCUGGCAGUGACCACAAGAUGCCUCCUGGAUGCCAUGAAACUGAAUUCAUUCAGCUCUGAGGUUCUGCUGCUGCUCAUGCAGACAAAAACAUUUCCAAUCAAACUCAGAGAGGAAUGCUACUCAUCACUUUAAUAAUCUGUUUCUACACACAGAAUAAGCUAUAAAGAGCAUAAAAACGCAACUGAUUUAGCUUCUGCCUCCACCAUGCAGCUCCACACACACAGAAUGCUUUGGAUGAAUUUUGCUUACUGAGUGUUCACUAGAACCAAAUGAUCUUUUGCAAACUCUGCAGAACACAAAAAGCCUCCUGGAAUCAGUUUGAGACUCGUCACGUCACAGGAACAAAUCUUCAGUUAAAAAUGACCCAUAAAACCACCCAGUUUUUCACAUCCAGGCGUCUCCAGGAUGAUGAGGUGCUUCAGUUUGGAGCGACCGGGUGGUCAGAGACGCUGAUGCGAUCCUACUGUAUCAUAUAACCGCCGGACUGUAACAAAAGGGAAAGAGUCGGAGUCAGGUUGGAGAAAAAUGGGCUGUUAUGUUCUGUUGUCUUUUUUAAUACUGUGAUGUUUGUUUGUGGAGCCAAAUUCUCUGUAAAUAAUGAUCUUGCUGUUCGAUGUGCCUUAUUCUGUGGCCAUGAGAUCUGUGGAUGCAGGAACGCUGCAGUCCGGAUCGUUGUGAAGCUCCGAGUGCACAGGAGAACGGAAGAGACGGGAAAGACGAAACAGAUUUUCUCUGCUUCAUAAAGCUCAGCAUCACGUUUGGCUCAGAUUAGACUUUUGUGUUGUUAGGAAACUGAUCUGUGUUUUGCAUCUUUGAUUUCUCUCUGCAGCUGUUUGGGUGAAGAUUAAAUAAAUACAUUUUAUUGUUACAUAAGCAGACUUCUUUCCCCUUAAUGCUGCUUCAUUUUACAUUUGAAAGCUUGACCAACUGCAAAUGGAGGCUCAAUCAGUCUUUGUUUUUCCUGCCAUGUUAGUUUUAAAUCUGGCAGCUUGAACAUGGAAAGAAACGUUUUAGGGUGAAAAACUGUGAUGUCUGCACAAAAGUAUGAAAAAUGAGGGAUCAAUGUUUUGGAGUUUUCCACAGAGCUGCACAUAACAAGUCAUUUUCUUGUAAUUUUCAAUGUCUAUGAGGCAGAAGGAAUAAAUAAACUCAAUCAAUCUUAGAA